CUCCUUAAUUCGACCUAAUUAGGUGAAGUCGUUAAUCACAGCAGUGUGUAGUUCACGGACCGGCCGGUGCAGCAUCUACCGGCUCUAAUUGACCGCCUGUUGUCUGUCGCUGCUCCAUCUAGCGGCCGUGACGUCGGAGCGCUGCUGCCUAUUUUCUCUUUCCAUUUAUUAAAUUAUUUUUCCCACCGUCUUUCUUGUCACCGUGAGAAAGAAAGUGCCAGUGAAGAGCAGGGGCAUCAGCAGCUCUUCCAAACAACGGAGCAUCGCCGGAGACGGAGCGCUUUCACUCACUGCUACGAUUAAAGUUGAGCGCGACACGCUGAUGACCUGCGAGCAUCCUCCGGGGAAAACUGUGCAUUUGACUGGCUUAACGAGCGUCAGUUUCCAUCUCCUCACCACAGAUCAUUUGUUGCUGACUGAGCUCCGCUGUCCUACAGUCCGAAAGCUGUGUUUGAAGCGGCGCACUGACGGAUACGGACAGACUCCGAGGAUCCCAGAUGGACUGGCUCACACCUGAGAUGUGAAGUGUGUUAUGUGAACCAAGGUGUUUUCCCACCUCGCUGGUGGUGGGGAGAGAUGCUGCACUCCGUUGCCAUGACAGCAGAAGUUCUCUUUGUUCUUGGGUUCCUGAUGAGCGGCGCUCAGUGUAAUCCUAUAGCGAGCGUACCAGUGAGCCGAGAACGCCUGGAAAGGGUGUUGACCCAAGCCAGGGAGGACAAACACCAGGACAAGCAGAGCCCCGAGGAGCCAGUGGGAUAUGCCGCUCAGCAACAGCAGCCAGAGGUAAUCAAUGCUCUGGGCCCCAACAGGACUGCCGUGAGCCGCGCCAGGCCGAACCUCACCUCCCAGGCACGAGGAUCUAAAGGCGGGAAGUCCCAGGAGCUGUGGAGCAAACAGGACAGCCUGAACCAAAUAGACGAGGGCCCUACCAGUGACGUCACGCUCUCCCUGGACGCCAUCGACGAGUAUGCCUACCCAGACUACAGGGGCAAAGGCUGCAUGGAUGAGAGUGGCUUUGUGUUUGCCAUCGGCGAGGAGUUCACACCGGGCCCUUCAACUUGCCCUUGCCUCUGCACAGAUGAGGGCCCUAUGUGCACCAAGCCCGAAUGUCCCAAGGUUCACCCUCGCUGCAUUAAAGUGGACACUAGCCAAUGCUGCCCUCAGUGCAAGGAGAAAAAGAACUACUGCGAGUUCCGGGGCAAGAUCUAUGCCUCGCUGGAAGAAUUUAAGGUGUCUCCAUGUGAGAAGUGUCGAUGUGAGCCAAGCGGGGAGGUGUUGUGCUCCGUGGCAGCCUGCCCACAAACGGAGUGUGUGGACCCCGAGUACGAGCCAGAUCAGUGCUGUCCCAUCUGCAAGAGUGGUAUUGCAGACACCGUGAUUUAAAUGAUGAAGAUCAUCGAUUGUCAACUCCCAUCUCGCCACCGUUGAUCAUGCUGCACUCAAUAUGAGACAGCUCCAAAGUGGUAGCUCCAUGAUGAAACACACUGAUGAUGUAAAUUAAAGUUACUGGGGGUCGUAGAAGAGUUCCUCCUCUGGUUCUGUUGUUUGUCUCGUCUGCAGAUGUUGUUUGAGGUGCAGGCAGAUGUUAAGACCUCCCAGGAUCUCUGCUGCAUCUGAAGUGUCACAUCAAAGUUCAGCUCAUUAAUGGCAAAGAAUCACACACUCAUCCAGAUGUGUAACACCACCAAAAAGGAAAGAAAAAUGGAUCACAGAAUCUAACAGUAUGCACUGAAAAGUAUUUUAAAAAGGAGAAAAAAUGGAACAAACGAGGCGAAACAUUGAAACAUAAGAUCUGUAAAGAGAAAAAAAAACAGCUUUUUUAUUCAAGUCAUCUCUCCUGUCUCUUAUCCUCAUUUCCCAGCAAACAGCCCUUUUCCUCUUCACCAUUUUCCUCACUAUUGAUAUAAAUCACAAUGAAGUAUUUCAAUGUUUGAUAAGUUCAUCAAUUAUGCACAGGCAUUAUCUUGGCCUUUUCAGGCAUGCAAAAUCAAUGCUUAUGGCAGAGCACCCUGCCUCAGAUGUGUUAUUCAGCCUGUAUGCAAGGAGACACUUGGGGAAGAGCCAGGGGAGGAAGAUGAAAGUAAGAGGUAUCGCUAACAUCCACCCCAGACAGUUGUUCAUGAAUAUCAAAGAACAGCUGUGAAUGGACGCAGGUUCUCAUCAUUUUUUACUCAUUAUCUUAAAGUACUGGAACACAUUACAAUUAAAUGGUUUCAUACCCUCUAAAGUUUGUGACUAUCAUUCGCUUGCUGCCAUAAAGUUUAAUUAAACAAUAUUGAUUCAUGUAAAGAACACCAAGUCAAUAUGAGUCAAAGAGAGAAAACAUAUUCUCUACACUGGAGUGUUUUUUUUUUCCUGCUGCCAAUAUUUUUGAGGCGUUUUCCUUCUUCUUCGACAUAUAGGUAGAGGCAUUGAAGUGUGUGUGCCAAGUUUUGUCUCACUGCGUCUGCUUUUGAAGAAUGCUUAGGCAAAAUAAAAAUCAAUGCAGGCAGGAGAAGCCUCUCUCUCUCUCUCUCUCUGUCUCUCGCCGGCACCUCGGCCACAGCUCCCUCCCUCUUGUCCUUUGCUCUUGCAGGGUAUCGCCUUGGCAACGCAUGAGGAAACAAGUGUGGCUCUUCAAGACUCAGACAUUAGGGUCAGCACUAAUCUAUGGGGGGAUGUGAUAAACACUGAACUGGAGCCAAAAUCACUUCAAACAGAGCAGCACGAGACAUGGUAGCCUGGUUGCCAAGAGGGAUAGAGACUCACUUAAAUUAAGAGAGGGCCUUUUAAGAUGUGGCAGGUUUUUUAAAAAGGAACACAUCAAAAAAACACGAGUCAAAGGGAAAUUGUUUAUAGGGAUGUAAAAUGAUGUGGUUUGCCCAUUUAAAGCAUCUUUCAUCUCAUGCUGACAGCACAGAUAAGGAAUAAUGCAGCAAACAGAGAUAGCCUCAGUCAAUGAAUGCAAAAAUUAUGCUUCUUUAUUACUGAGCCCCAUACUCCUUAGUUACUGUUGCUAUCUAGCACUUCUCAAACUAUAAUGUAGCCUACAAUUAUAUCAGUGGCAAAUUUACCUCUAACUUUCCAGUCAUUUUUGAAACUAAUUAUUAGAUUGUACACAGAAAUUUAUUUUGUAGGAAAUUGUCUGUUGAUAACUGUUGCUAAUCUGUUGCAAAAUUUCAUUUUAUGGAACCAUUAGCAUUAGUGGCCAAAACCUGUUUUGCACUGAUUCAGUUUAAAACAACAGCAAAAACAUGUUUAAGUUCCUCAUAGUGUUCUAUAUAACACUAUAAAUGAGGUUAUAAAGAUGUAACACACACACACACACACACACACCCAUACACAUAUAUAUAUAUAUUUUACAAAAUCAAAAUAUAUAUUUAUAUUUUCUAACGUUCAAAAGUUUGGGGUCACCCAGACAAUUUCAUGUUUUCCAUGAAAUCUCACACUUUUAUCCAUGUGCUAACAUAAUUGCACAAGGGUUUUCUAAUCAUCAAUUAGCCUUUCAACACCAUUAGCUAACAAUGUAGCAUUAGAACACAGGAGUGAUGGUUGCUGGAAAUGUUCCUCUGUACCCCUAUGGAGAUAUUCCAUUCAAAAUCGGCCGUUUCCAGCUACAAUAGUCAUUUACCACAUUAACAACGUCUAGACUUUAUUUCUGAUUAAUUAAAUGUUAUCUUCAUUGAAAAAAACAGAUUUUCUUUCAAAAAUAAGGACAUUUCUAAGUGACAUCAUACUUUUGAACGGUAGUGUAUUCGUAGAUCUGAUGAGUUUGGCAAACAUAACCUUACAAUAAACUUCCCCAAACUAAAAGAAGAGCAGGAAAGAGCUACAAACAAUAUUCUAAUUUUACCUGUUGGCUUUCCUGCUGUAUCUAUUCCUGAUGACUUUCUAAUUAACUCUCUGAAUGUCAAAACCAGCAAGCAGGUUUAAAAGUCAUGCUAUCUUAAAAUAUCUCUAAAAUUACACCGUUUAUCAGAUGGUUAAACAAAUUAUGUGUGGAAUGCAGAUCCAUCAGGUAAAUUAACUAAAUCUAAGCUUAAAAAGCCAUCAAAAUCACUUUAAUCUACAAAGUGAUUUUGAUUCUACAUCGCACAUUGUUCUACGUGUCACUUUUUAAAAAAUGGAAAACCUGUUGCACCAAAUUCUGUAAUAAAAAACAAAAAAACCAAAAAAAACCCAGCAAAACUAAGAAGCCUUGAUGAGAAGCCAUUCAUGUGAAAAAAUUCAAGGACUUUUCAGGUGAACUGCAGGCAUAUGUUGGACACAAGGAUGGAAGCAGUGUAGAGCGAUUGAAAGGAAAAUGAAACAUACUUGAUCAAUAAAAUAAAUGCAGCACAACUCAAACAGUAUACAGAGGAGCAAGCUGUCAGCAAGUUGUUGGAAGUUACACUGAGCAUGGAGAAAGAGAGUUGGUGUGCAGAGUAGUGUGAACAAUGCUUAGUUUAUAGAAGUUGUAAAAAUGUAAAUAGAAAAACCGUCUGUAGUACAUAGAGUAACCUAUUUUUCCCAGGUUUGGUAACACUUGGAAAAAAGUUGUACAUGCUGAUUCAGAAUUUUGUUAACUUUGGGAAAUGAAUACUCAAUUUAACAAGAAAAGCACUCAGAGAGCGCAAUACUCCGCCAAGGCUGCUCAUUCCCCCAUAUGACAUUGGCUGAAAUGCAGCAUUUGUUUAUUAGUUAUUGAUGAUCAGAAGUCACGGAAACAUAGAAUGUGGUCAUUUAAUAUAGAUGUACCCACAAACAAAAUGACCUUGUGCUGAGCGCAGGCGUGUGUUAUGCAUGUGUACGUAAUGAAUGGAUACCGAAUCACGUGAUCUAAAUAUGUUCCGGGCAGCGGGAAUUGGUGGGACUCAGAAACACCCCCACAAUUUAAUCAGUUGUUCCUUGUAUCAUUUCUGACUGAUAAGUCCUGAUAAGUCCGCAACAGUCGAUUUGUAGUAGGAUCGCAAUCGUGCUCGUCAGCAGGUAGCUGACGUAGUGUUCACUUGUUGUCACUAUCUCACACAUGACAGAAAUCUUUAAGAAAUGUGUGGAUCCAGAUUAUAAGCUGCAUCACUGCCAAAAUCUAAUCACUUGGUCCUUGUGUCAUUUCUGACCUUCCGUGAAAACUUCAUCCAAAUCCGUUAGUCCAUUUUUGAGUCAUGUUGCUAACAGACAAACAAACAGACAAAGCAAUGCAGUUCAUCACAUGUACAGCAAUUAAUAGUUGUGCCGUUUCCAUAGAGGUGGAGGAAGUUAUAUUGUAGUGUAAAAUAAGUAAAAAUGUGACGGGGCAAAAAAUAAUACUGAUAAUAAAAUGCAACAUCAACAGCAAAAAACCAAAAUAAAAAAAAAAAAACCCCUACAAAAAUUGCUUGGGCUUUAGAAGGUUAAAGCUUUAACGCCACAUAAUAAUAACAUUGGUGGCAUGCACCUCGUAUUUGAUAAUAUCAUCAGAUUACCAUCGUAGCUAGUUAGCUCAUUAGCCAUACAUCCUAACAGUUAAAGUUAGAGUAAAAAUAUCCUCUGUUAAUUAGGGCCAAAAAUUGUAUCAAAAUCUAGGUUACUGAAACUGCCACAUGUCCAGGUGCAACACCCAAACCACAGGACAUACAAUUUUUUUUCAAAAAGGUCACGUGUCACAAAAGGCUAUUAUGGAUGAAGCAUUGUGGUGCAGCGAGAUGCCCGACCUAUAAACCAUAUUCUCCUGUUGUCAGGGAACACCAACAACAAUCACAUCAUUGUUUUUUCAAGGGAAAAGAAUUUUUUAAAAAUACCAUUCACUAAAGUCAACUAUAAUAGUGUUGUUUUUGCAUACCAUUCUGCCCUACUGUUAAUCAGUUCCGUACACUUUAUAUUGUGCUAUUAGGUUUUUAAAGCCUCACAAAAUACGGAGUCCUCCAAAUAUUACGAGUCUUGCACUUGUAUGCAUAUUGCUUUAACAUGCAGAUAAGUCAGAAGCUCACCAAGUCUGUUUUUGUCCUAAACAGUUAUUAUUUGUGUGGAAAAAAAAUGUCAAAGAUAAAUUAACUGUACAAUUAAUGCACCCAAACUGAGUAAUUUCACUGUGAAACAAACAUAAUGACAACUAGUAAUAAAUUUAAUUUGUGGUGUUUGUUGUUAUAAGUUACAUAAUGUCUGUAAAACAUGCGGUAAUCAAGAAUAAUAACUAGUGUGCGCUGAUUUCAUCUUUGAAAGGGAAAGUAGGACACUUUGCAUCAUCUCAUAAAUUCGCAAAAGGUUAUUUUUGUCCGUGUUCCUCCUUUUGUUUAAUCCUUUCAUCACAACACUACAUUUUAUUAUCUAAAGGCCAUUAUCCAUUACUGGCCUUUGGAGGUGUGAUUACAAUAGAAAAAGGUCACAAUAAUGAAGGUAAUUGUCACAUUAUGUCUUAACAAUUACAGUAGUGCUGGGUCACUGAGUGGCUCUGGUCUGCUUCUUAGCUGUUAUUUUUUUCUAAAUCUUCUUCAGAAUAAAAGUCAGUGUGACUUAAAAAUAGGUUUUUGUCUCAGUUCAGAUAAAGAGAAGUACAAAGCUGAACAAGAGGAUGUUGCAGAUUUGAUGUGAGAGCUUUAAAUGUACUGUUUUUGAGGUUGGAGUAAAUGGAUGUCUUCCAGUAAACUCUGUCACCUGGACACUGCUGUGAUGGCUGGCGUGGCGCUGGUUUGUGGCUCCAUCCCUGUGAAGGACACUGGUUAUGACAGUCGCACUACUAGUGUGCAGCUGGGUUAUUCAGCCACAGAGAUUAUCAGUGGGCGCAGUCGCUGGGCCAACAUAUGCAAACAAAAAUUCACAUAAGCUGGCACUUCCAUAAAAAUGGACUAUCUACAGCGUCAAAUCGAGGCAGUUCAUAUUUAAAAGUCGGCACCCGUCUCACACAGCACCUCCGAACCAAAUUAUUCAUAUUGUUGUGAAAAUCAGAGCCUCUCCUCGCAAAGUUCUCCCACUUGAUGUAUUUACAAAGCAAGGUCAUUUUUACUCUGCAUUUAUAAUGCAAAUGUACUAAAGAAAUGCAUUAAGAUGAGUGAUUUCUGCUUUUCUUUGCUUGCCAUUACCUUAUAAUGCAGCUCUGCAGGUUUUAACAUUUCAGAAUUAAGGGGUGUUAUGAUCGGGAUGUGUCCUCGUUUCCCGGUCCAUUAUCUGGCGCCACUACAGAGCCAAAAGCCACAGGUGCUAAUGGCUAUCUCUUUCACAUGCUUCCCAUGCCAACUUCUAACACGCUGCAGUGACAGUUUGGGUCCAACUGUUCACGCACAUGCACAGUCCAUUUGUCUCUGCCUCUUCUGGUGCUGUUCAAAAGCUCUUGUGAAGCCUGAUGUGUCUAUAAAAAUCUUUUUCUACCACAGAGCGCGAAAGGCAGAAAGACAGACAGUGAUGGAGAGACAGGGAUAUAUUAUAUUAAUGAAGCAAUGGCAAAAAGGUGGGUAUGAUAUGAAUGGCAGAAUAAUAGAGUGACAGCAAUGAGUAAGCACAGUGGCGCCGAAUCCAUGCAUUAAUUAACACAAAUGAGUGUCAUGCAACUGUGAAUGACUGGAUGACAGGCUGCAGUUUAAUCCAGAAGGAAGGGCUUGUGAUUUAUGUUGCUUUUUUCGCAUUUUUCUCUCCAAGCAUAUCCCUGACAUAUGCGUCUUUCAUUCGAAACGCUGUGUUCUAAAUGCUGCUAAUGAUGAUGAAUCAGUAGCGACAGCAGUGUGGACCACAAGAUGAGUUGUUAUUCAGAUAGGGUGUGUGCGUGUUCAUCUGAAGACUUAUAAAUGUGUUAGGGCUGACAUUUUGACAGGCCUCUGCAAACUGUUCACACUGAUUGAUGUGCCAGCACGCACCUUCUGGGUGCCGACGUCCAAUGAAAUGCGGUGACUGCGACUGAAAAACUCCCCAUUUAUCAGCAUCUUAAUUAUACAACAGAGUGGCUCUAGACCUUGUUAGUCUAAGGGAAGAAGCCAUUGUUAUGCUAUACCUGAUGUUGUGGAAGCAAUUCCCGCAGUGUUUAUAUUUUGCCGUGCGGCUUGAGAGAUAAUGGAUGAUUUAUGAGCACCUUUAUUCCAGCCACCGGUCGAGGACAGAGGCACAUUCACCUGAUGAAAACCUAGUGAAGGUAACACUGUCGAUGAUACAAGGAGGACAGUUAUGUUUUGGUAUUGUCGGCUUGGCAAGCAGAUUUCUCUGUGCACUCAACGUUGACAGAAGAACCACCAAAACAUGCCGGGCUCCACUGGUAGUUUUUUACCACUUACAAGGCAACAACUACACCCAACAUCAAAAUUUCCGUCAGAGAGAGCCAAUUUCCAGCAAACUAGUAAAAAAACUGUCCCUAGGGGUGCACUUCAAAACUGUAUUAAAGCACUGCGUAACAGUGCUUAAUUUGUUUUUUAUGCACACUCUGAGCACUCCAACCUUGAAGUUACGUAAGGAGAGGAGCCGCCUUCAGCAAGACAUGCUUUAUUUGUGGUGUAGCCGAUCUAAGGAGUGUGGAACAAAAUAUAAUUGAAUAUAUCUCGUGUGCAUACCGAAAAUUGAGUCAAAUACUGAGUGUGAAUGAAAAAAAAUGCUGUCUGAAUCCCAGGAUAAGACAGUGAAGGAGAUAAUCGUGUGAUUCGGUCCUUAAGAAUUCAGUGUAAUCACUGCAAUUCCAGGAUGCAUCUCUUUCUCUCUGCCGACAGGAGCUUGGUAUUUCAGAAUGAAAAUGCUCCUCUGCAUAAACCAUGAGUGGUCACUCAGUGGUCUGAAGAGGGAGGCAGUUAUGGCCAGUGGGAAAUCUAUUUUGAGCAGACACAAAGGCAGUUGAUGAUUCAUGGUAGAUUGGCAGGAGGGAGUGAGAAACUGUAAGAAAUUCCACCUGUUCGAGGAUCAGAGUGACAAAGUCAUUAUGUUAAAUGGGAUCAGCACUGGUUUUCAUUCCAAAUGAAUUCCUGUCAGAAAUGGACAUGAGCAGGCGUGUUCAGAAAUUGUGAUGCUUGUGUAUCCAUUAAUUUUUGUGUGCCUCGUAUAUUCCCAUAACCAGAACACUAUUUUGGGAAGCAAUCAAUGAAAGCCCAGAUGUGAGAGCCCAUUUUCCACUGAGAGAAAUGAAAUGAAGGGCAGCGCAUUCUGUCUCUUGUGUUCAUUCCCUUCUUUCGCUGACUACAUUCAAGUUCACUGGGAUGUCAUGAAACUAUCUUAAAGGAACGAGAUAAGACAACUAGCGGCACUGAACUCCAUAUGGAAAUGUGGCCAUUGCAACAGUUAUGGCAUCUAAAAGUAGCAGUAAAACAGCUGAAGCUCUGUCCUACUUUCAAACUAGUAUGUGUCCCAUUGGCCUCCGUUCCACAAUGUAUUUUUGCAUGGAGGUUUUUUUGUCAGUCUGUGUGGAAACUGAAAUAUGUGGCUCUGUAAUUCU